CUUCAUACUAUGAUCGUGCUGUUCGCUACGUAUAUUAUGAAUGAUGAUUCAGUGUUUAGUGCGCAAUUGCCGAGGCGAGUUCUCUCAUUCAAGUUCUCGGCCGGAUGUCUGUAACGUGCUGUCCAAGCGUCGUUGUCGCUGCUGCAUUGCUGCUAUAGUAAACAUUGAAAGAUGACUGGAAUGGUAUCUCAAAUUUUGCUGGCGAUCAUCCUGGGAUUGCUGGCCUAUGUGUAUCUGUCAUGGUUGAAGACGAAAAAUUUCUGGAAGAAACUUGGCGUCAAGGGCCCCACACCCUUGCCGCUGGUCGGCAACUACAAGGACGCCAUCCUGGGCAAGAUGCACUUCGCCCUGAUCAUCAAAAAAUACUACGACGAGUAUAAACAGGAGCCGUUCGUUGGCACGUUCGGGCGCAACACGCCUAUGCUGAUAGUGCGUGACCCCGAUCUCAUCAAAGACGUGCUGAUCAAGGACUUCAGCAGCUUUCCCGAUCGGGGCCUGGUCUCGAGCGAGUCCGACGACCCCUUCAGUCAGAAUCUGCUGAAUCUUGAGCACAAGCGCUGGCGACCGCUCAGAAACAAGCUCGCCCCAGUCUUCAGCUCGGGAAAAUUGAAGGACAUGUUUUACCUGAUCACCGACUGCUCGAAACUCUUCGAGAAGUACGUGGAGAGGGUGGCGGAGAGCGGCGAGUCCAUAGAGUGUCGCGAGCUCACGGCCAAGUACACCACAGAUGCCAUCGGUGUAUGCGCUUUUGGCUUGAACACUAAUUCAUUAGGUGAUGAAGAUGGUGGCUUCAGAAAAGCCGGUCGCGAUCUCAUGUCCAAUGGUACGAAAAACGUCCUCAGGCGGAUGUUGCGCGAGUGGGCCCCAAAAUUGUACGGACUUUUACGGCCACUCGUGUACAAUGGAGCCCUCGACUUUUUCGUCGACUCGAUGAAGGCGACCAUGGAGCAUCGAACGAACAGUAAGGAGAGACGGAACGACUUCGUUGACCUGUUGAUGGAUCUGAAGAACGAAAAGUUCAACGAUUUUGAAAUGACAGACUCCCUACUGAUAGCUCAGACGCUCAUAUUUUUCCUCGCUGGCUUUGAGACUUCGUCAACGACUAUAAGCAAUGCAUUGUACGAGCUGGCACUUAAUCAAGAGAUACAAGACAAGCUCAGACAGGAAAUAAGGGAUACCCUCGAAAGGGAUGGUCAGUUUACUUACGAUAAUAUCAAGCACAUGAAGUAUUUGGAUCAAGUAGUCAAAGAAACUUUGAGAAAGUAUCCACCGGGCAGCUUUUUAAUUAGAGCUGCUGCGACUUCAUACACCUUCAAUGGUACUGACGUCACAAUACCGAAAGAUACACGAGUGAUGCUGCCCGUCUGGGCCAUACACAACGAUGCGGACAUUUAUCCCGAGCCCGAAAAGUUCGAUCCCGAACGGUUCACCGAGGAAAAUCAAAAGAGCAGGCAUUCGAUGAAUUAUUUGCCUUUCGGCGAUGGACCGCACAAUUGCAUUGGUCUGAGAUUCGCCAAUUAUCAAACGAAAAUCGGAAUAGCCACUCUGAUCAAGAGUUUCCGUGUGAAUCCGUGCAGCGAGACGUGCAUACCUUAUCGCGUUCAUCCAAGGUCAUUCAUUCCAGCUCCGAUAGGAGGGAUAGUUUUGAAAUUUUCCAAAGUAUGAAAGUAUUACGAAGGAUAGUCAAAUUUUCGUUAAUGAUUAUAGAUAACUAGAAUGCAGUUUAAAUUAGAAAAAUCGUUUAAACUUAAAUCCAUCAUUUUUUUAUAUAAUUACAAUUGUUAUUAAUUUUUUUAAGCACACAAAUGGCUGUGUAAGGUAUUUACUUCAUUGUUGUUUACUUUAUUGAUACUCGUUGUUAAUGGUAGCUUUUUAAUAUAAUUCAUCAAAUCUACUUGCAAUUUUAUAUCAGAUUUCAAUAUUCUCAGUCAAAUUCAGUUCAAAUUCAGGUAAUAAAUUUUAAAAAUAUUUUUGCUUUGAAUCCACGUAACUGAAAAAACUAUUGUACAUAUAAAUUUAAAAUAUUAAACUGUUCAUCAUCUUGAGCUUAUCACGCUCUUGAAAUGUCAAUAUGUAUUAUAUACUGUCUCUUACGUACGUAAUCGAUGAAAAUAUUAAAUAUCAAUAGAGUUAAAUUA